UUCGCUGACUUCCGGUCGUCGUCGUCGCCGCUGCUGCCGCUGCUCCUGCUUCUGAGGCGGCUGGCGGAGGCCGGAGGAUCGGGCGGCGGCGGCGGCGGCGGCUGAGAGGGCGGCGGCGGGAGCGGAGAGGCACGAGGGAGUGAGAGAAAGCGAGCGAGGAGCGAGCGGAGCGCGCUCAGCUCUGCCCGCCUUUCCGCCCGUCCGAGGAGCCGGAGAAGUCCGGGCCCCCAGCCGCCGCCGCCGCCGCCCGCCUGCCCGCCGCCGGACAAAGCCCGAGCCCGCGCCAGAGCCAUGUCCUCGUCUGCUGGCAGCGGCCACCAGCCCAGCCAGAGCCGCGCCAUCCCCACCCGCACCGUGCCCAUCAGCGACGCCGCGCAGCUACCUCAUGACUAUUGCACCACCCCGGGGGGGACGCUCUUCUCCACCACGCCGGGAGGAACCCGAAUCAUUUAUGAUCGGAAGUUUCUGUUGGAUCGUCGCAAUUCUCCCAUGGCUCAGACCCCACCCUGCCAUCUGCCCAAUAUCCCAGGAGUCACCAGCCCUGGCACCUUAAUUGAAGACUCUAAAGUAGAAGUAAAUAAUUUGAACAACUUGAACAAUCAUGACAGGAAGCAUGCAGUUGGGGAUGACGCUCAGUUUGAGAUGGACAUCUGACUGUCCCAGCAAGGAUCAGAAGAACAGCAGCAACUGAUUACUGUGUGUACCUGAUUUGGCCACUAGGAUCAACGAAGACAAGACAGAAGAGGCAGUCCCAGCGGUCCGCAUUGCAGUCUCCACCUCCUCCUUCCUCUGGUGCCAAAUGAUGCGAAGAUGAGCUUCAGCUGACCAUUUCCUGUUACCAGUUUAGAUUUAAGGUUGUUUGCAUUUUUCUGUCUACAGCCCACAGAGGAAAAACAGUUAAAAUCUAGCUUCCUUUUCAUUUUACUGUUGAGAAAACAUCUCCCCUCUUUCCAACACUCCCCUUCCCCCUGUUUUUUUUUUAAAUCCCAAAUCAGAUAUCAGCCUACCAACAAUUGCUUGGCUGCGUAAUCUGGGGAAGUGAUUACUGGGGAAGAGGUCUGGUGGGUUCAGCAUUAUUUAUGUUCUUAUUGUCAUCACUCUGUCUCCCACCCAUGGUUCAGUACUACAAGAGUCUGGGCUUGGUGUCUUCAGAGGGAAAUGACAAACAAGAGCUUCUCUCCUUUUACCUUGAAGUGUUUGUUCUUGGGGACAGAGUGCUGUUUGUACAACUCUGGUAACAUUACCCUGUGAUAGUUUUGAGGUGCAUUUCCUCUUCUCCCAUUCCUCCCUGCUUGCAUCUUGUUGCUUGUAGUCCUCCUGUACUCUGAACUAUCCAGGUGAUUUCACUUGCUCCCAGAGCAGGUCCAUACUAAAUCAUAGAGACACUGAUGAAGCCUGAUCAUAGUAUUCUGCCAGAUGAUAACCUCAGAAUGACCUCAGAAGAACGCUGAGCCAUUUGCAUACCCAGUCUCAGUUCUCAUUGUUUUCCAGUCCAGUGGGCACCAUGAUAUCUUUUGUCUCUGAUUGUCGUUUCUUAUAUUUUGAGCUUAAAGUUGACUUUUGGAAUGUUCUUAGAAAAGAACUAAACUUUUUUCCUUUGUGGACCUGCUUUGGCUGCUAAGAUAGAAAAACAUGGGCUUAAAAAUGUGUUUUCUGGGCUUCCCCAUCAUACUCUGAAUUUUCCCUUUUUUUCCCCUCCCUCUUCUCUCCUUUUUUCUCUGCCAGGCCAUUUUUCAAAGAUACAUCAAAGAUACCUCAAGUAAUGGUAUCUGAUACCUGUCACUCUGCUUAUCUGAGGAGUGACCUUUUAUUUUUAAGAUGAUUACAGACCUAUUUUUAGAUGUUUUCAGUACAGUUUUGAACAGCAACUUUUUAAUUACACAUCUUCCAGUAUUAGGAAGGUGAGAAAUGUUCAUAGGCAAGUAGGCUGUUCCAUGUCACCAUCCUUUGUCUCCCCUGGUCCCUUACGAGCUCUUGUCCCCCAUCCCACCCCAGUUUUGGGUGUGCAUGUUUGGAGUUUAUAGUGGGUGGUUUGUAAAACUGGACCAUUCUGCCUUGCCAUGGGUUGUUCAUGAAAGCCACAUACUUUUUUUCCCUUACUGUUUGCUUUUUCAUUCCCCUUUUCCCCUUCCUGCUCUCCUGACUACUGACUGGCACAAUAAUCCUGAAAAGUGACUCGCCUCAUAGAAAGACUAAUGCCUCUAUCCCCUCGUAGAAAGACAAAGUAGCUACUGGUGUCCUGGGAAUUUUGGUUGCAUUUGGUGCCCUGAACCCUCUUACUAAGAGAUCAGAUCCCAGGGUGAGAGUAAUAGGCCAAUUGGCUAAGAAAGAAAGCUGUUUUUUUUUGAACUGUGAAAAGACCUUGUUUGCUAAUGCAUUUUAGGCAGAAAAGAGGAAGGGUGUCUGAGGAACUCUCUUCUGUUUUCUGCUACAAAAUGUGAGUAGUUCAAAGAAUAAAACCUUUCAUAAUGUUUGAUGUCUCAGGAAUAAGCUGGAUCUCCAAAGUUUUGGGGAUGCUUUCACUCUCAAAAGUUGAUGAUCAGAAAAGUGUUUUUUUGUUGUUGUUGUUAAACAUGCCCUUGUUCUGAUUUUAAUUAAACUCCACUUUUGCUUUACAUACUCUUGGAAAAACUUGGAAGAUGCACUGUAAUUUGCAUGAGAAGCCUGCUCAGGACCUCUUUGUCCUCUGGGAGCUUGAUUCUUUGGGAAUGACGCUUUCCAUUCCUCAUACCUGAGGCUUGGCAUUCUGUGGACUCCGACUCCAGCUACAGCUGGUCAGUCUGUCACUGAGCAGAAGGGUGCCCCCUUCUUGAUUUUUAUUGCCACCCAUGAAAACUUGGCUUUCUUAAUGAAUGGUGGGGAGUUGAUUUAAAACACACCAGUGUGAUAUCAAGAAGCCUCCCCCUUUUUGCUAUCUUGGGGAAUCUCUUCAUGUGGCCCUCUAGGUAGAAACCACGUUUCUAAGCAUUUCUUGGGAGUGUCAGCUGUAUAAUACAGAAGCUGACCAAUCCCUUAGCCUUCUCUGCAGGGACUUCUGUACUGCUUGGCAUAGUUUUCUCCUAGAGGCCACUGCUGCUAGUGUUACCUUGGCCUCCAUAAAUGGGCAUUUUAAAGAUCAUUUCAUAAGGCAACAGAUAGACUUCCAACAGAUGACACUUUAUGCCAAGCUUCAUGGGACAAGCCAGAACCCAGUAGGUUUACUUCUGGAUGUUUGGAAGGCACCUCACAAAUGAAGCCCUAAAUGAAUAAUUUAUCCCAGCUUUUUCUUGGUGAGAGGACACCCUUAGGGUACCAUUUGAGUGAGAUAGUUCUUAAAAUCUUAGUAAUCAUUUGUAUUUUUCUUUUCAUGAGGAAACCAUGUUACUCUGGGGACAGUCCACCUUAAUGAAAAAUUCCAGCAGGAGACCUGCAUUGUCAUGGUUCUGCCUUCUUUACAGCAUCGUUCAUUGAGUUCACGACUUCCUCAUAUUCUGAUUAAAUAGCUAUAGCUUUCUCAAGAGCAGUGUAGAGAAGCUGGCAUCUAGGUAUUGGGCUGCCAAGCCAAAAGUUUUAUCCAUUUACCUGCAUUAGUUAUCACUGUAACAAAUUACUGCAAACUUAAAAGAGCAAAUAUUGUCAUUCAGCUUCUGUGUGUUAGGAACUGGGGAGCAGCUGAGCAUGGUGGUUUUGGCAUAGAAUCUCAGGAAGUUGCUGUCACCUGGAGCUGGAGAAUUCACUUCUGAGCUCUUUGUGACUGUUGGCAGCAUGCCUCAGUUUCUCCCUGUGUGGGUCUCUCUGUAGGGCAGCACGAGUGACCUCACACCAUGACUGCUGGCUGGGCUCUCCCUGUGCAAGUGAUCCCAGAGAGAGGGCAGGGAGGAAUCUGCAGUGCCUUUUAUGAUGGUCUCUGAAAGCACACACUACCACUCACUCCUUAUUCUCUUCCUUAGAACCAAGCCGCUAACCCCAGCCUACACUCUGGGUGCAGGGAAUUAAACCCCACCCACUGAAUGAAGCAGUAUCAAAGCAUUUGUGGAUAGGUCUUAAGACCACCUCACUCCUAACAGAAGAUUAAGCCAGGUUAACAGGUGGGCGAAGAUUAAACUGGAUGAUAUGCUGAGAGCUAUGUUGCUACUGAGAACAUUUCAUUAAAGCAUUCAUCACCAAACUAGGAUAGAAGAUAGACUUUCCCCAAAGCCACCUGUUGCUUUGAAAAGAGUGUGAGAAAUUGCAAUUUCCAGAUGAAUAUCCAUACAUUUGCCUGACUACCAGCAGCCCAAGAAUGCUUCUUUGCAAGUCCUCGGCUUGGUGUGUCUAAGACUCAGCACCACUUACUUGCAUCUCCCUUAGCCAGGAAUUGGCAAAGGGAGUUGGAUCCUUCUAGCUGAAUCACUAAAGCUGACUUUAUUGGAGUCGGGGUUGUCAAGCAAAGGGAACAAAUGUGAAUUAGAUGUUGGGUUAGUGGGCUAAAGAAAAGCUGAUAGUUCAGAUUUGGGUGAAAUAGAUGAUAGCAUUUGGAAGCCAGGUGCCCACCAGAGUUCUGCUUGGCACCUGGUCUCGCCAGUUACACCAGCUGAAACAGAUCUAGGUCAGGUCUUUCACCCAAGAAGCCACUUCUAAUGAAGUAGGAAACAUCUGGGAAUUAGAAACAUCUAUCAGUACCUGUUUGUUCCUUUAAAUCCAAUGUGCAGGUUAACUCUGCAUGCCUGCCUUGUCCUGGAAUUCCAGUUGGAAAUGUGAUCAUAAAGGGGACGAGCCCUGUCUUUACCCUCAAGAGAAACUUAUAUGAGGCUUAUGAGUUCAACACAUUCUUAAUGAAUGUCUGCUGUGUUUCUGGCACCCAUGUCCAGGGUUUUAGAGAUUUCAGACAUCUUAAAGAUGCAAAUUCUCAUUUGGAUAUAAGCUCUGCCUCUUCCUAGCAUUCUCUUAAUCUGUUGCCCUGCUUGCUUUAGAGUAUAUUUGAGUAAGAAGCAUUGCUGCUGGGGCAGCUUUAAGGAAAAGGUACUUCUUUCAGAAGCAAGGAACUCACCUUUAAAGCAUCUUCAGAUGAAUUUUGUGUUUUGCUUGUGAUUUGGAGGUAAAGUCAAAACAGAUGGACUUCUGUUUUUUGCUGUUUGGGUUACCAGCUCUUUUGGACUCACAGACCUUACCUUCCCAGUUUAAACAUUUCUGUUAGGAUGCAUCCUGUGUGGGUUUCACCCUCAGAGUCUAUCAUUCAGCCAGUACAUACUGCGUGCCUACUUAAAUCAAGGCAACUUGUGUAAGGGGCUCUUCAUGUGGGCAAUAUUCCAGAAACAGACUUUUUCCAUUCUCCCCAUCUUGGAUACUCAAUGGGGUGUCAAGCAUCUUGGCUGCUUGAAGCCAGGAUCUUUUGCAUUCCCUGGUAGAGGCGGCCAGCUGCCUCUGAGUCAGAAAUCCCCUAUUUGGCAUGUUUCCGAACUUCAUGUAUAUGGGCAGCUAUUUAUUAAUCUGCGAAACCCAAUCACUUACCUACCUGUGACAUCAGGGAGGGGGCAGUGUUUGUUUUAAAGAAGCAUUAUUGGAGGGCAUUUCUGCCUGGACUUUGAAGGGGGGAUGGUCCCCAUUCUCCUCUCCCCAAGUUCUUUACCUCUCAGCUUCUAAUAAAAGAUGAAAUCAGACCUUGAGGCAGUUGGGUCACAGUUCUUUUUGAAUACUUAUGCCCAGGGGCACUCCUGUUUUAGUGAUGAUUUUCGAGUUUAGUAUUGGAGUUUCCUUGAGGAUAGCUCACAGAAAUUUCUUACUGAAGACUCUAAGGGUGAUUGAUACAUACUUAUUUUUCAAACAGUCUAUCAUGUCACCUUUCUCACCCUCUGGGAUUUAAAUUUCUUCCUCUGGGCUAGUCCUAGAUGUUGAUACCUUUUGGCAAAGCUUAGAUUCAGAAGUCUUUCAAGUCACUGUUCCAAUUGUCUGAUUAUCUGUAGUUUCUCUUUAAUCUCUGCCUGAAGCCCUGGCAGAACAUACUGGAUGCCCCGGAUGCCGAGUGGCAAAUAUUACUGAGAUGAAACACAUUUCCUGGGGUAUUUAAACUCUUACUCUGCUACCUUUCUAACAGUUGGAGGCUAACAGAGAGAUGCCCAAAGCUUGAUAAUCAUUUAGCCAUGUUGAAAUUCCCCAAGGAAGCUCUUGUUGGUGCUUAAGACCAAAAUUCCUGGACACUUCAAACUUGAUAAUUCCAUGUGUCUAGCACAGAAUAGCCAUUCUUGCUCCAAGGUACCCCCUUCCUCUCCAUCUUAACCUUUAAAAAACCAAGUCCAAGCCAAGGGUAAUUUUUACUUGAACCAGGGGACUGGGGGAGGAACGAUGCAGAGAUAGGGGGCGAGUUGUGCAGGUGAUACAUCUUGCUCCUGGUGUCUGUAAGCCAUGUCACUGAGUCCUGUGAGCCAGUGCCUUUCCUUCACCUGAAGACGGAGCCCAUCACUUUCCAUCUCACAGCCUCUGCUACCCCAGGGGUGAACCUUUAAAGAGGGGUCUUGGAGAGCCCAGAGAAUACAUAUUCAGGUGUCCAUUUUAAGCAUCUUUUAAAUAUUUAUAUAUUCAAAAAAUGCCCUUCCCUGUCUUAGUAGCCCAGUUCCACCCACUCUGAAUGGAAAAGCGGAGACUGCCAGUAAUUGGUCUUCCCUUCGUUUCCCUCCAUGUGGUCAUCUCCUUGCCCCUCCCAUGCAUUCCACUGCAGAGGGUGGAUAGCAAAGGGCACCAUGCAGUCCUCAGGCAGUCUUGUGUGAUUCCGUGAUUCAUCUAUUUUUUUUUAACUGUCCUUCCAAACCAAGCAGGUUUGGAAAUUAGGGAAAAAAUUAAAUUUUCACCAAUGGUUGCUGUUACAGUUAAAUCAAUAAAGAUCUUGAGUAUCA